UGUCAGAUAGAUCUUUUGUUUUUACCUCAUUUGGAACAAUAACACUUUGCGACACUUUGAAAAAUUGCAGUGCCUCGAUUCACAAGAAACUACACAUUUUUUUUUUUUUAAUCAAAUUGACGUUUUUCUUUUGACGUUAUUUGAAAUAAUAGAAGUAAGAGUACAUGUCAAAGUGCAUCAAACGAUUGUUCGUGAUGACAAGUAGAGAAAAGCAAUGGCAAUUAGAAUUGGCAGUGAAUUCCAAUUUGAUGGUCAAGAAUAUUCGCAAUAAGAAAGAAUAUUUGCAACCAGACCUUAGUGCUGAAAUGCUCAAUCUUUUUUGAAAACUAAGUGCGAGAACAUUAGAUGUCAGUUUACGAGGUUAAGACGUCAACGAUGACGUCAUCCCAUUCAACAAGAGAACCAUAUAUAUACAGGUUUUACAAACAUGGCUAGAAACAAUGAGACGACUACAGACCAAGAUUUUGAAGAUAUGAAGAAUCUUGCUGUUGAGCAACAACAGUGUUUCUAUGAGCUUCUUUGUGAUUGCAUGACAUAUGAACUUGACGAACACAAAUACUUGAAACAAAAUAUUGGAUAUGCACUUUAUGGCCCACCAAAUACUGGUGAAAAUGCAACAAAUAGUAAUGUUUAUUGCAAUACAGAAAAUCAAAGUGAAGAUGCAGAUAUAACUGAUGCAAUAGUUUAUAAAAAUACAACUAUUAUAGAUAAGAUAUAUGAAAAGAUAUAUGAAUAUACAGUAAAAGUCAAUGCUGAUAAACCAAUUUAUUUUGCUAUAAUUUACAAUAUAGUAGUAUGUCCUAAACUCAAAGAAGAAGAUACAAAUUUUGUAGUAAUACCCAUUCCUAUUUUUAAAAUUUGGAGGAGUAAGAAAACUGAUACUACAAAGAAAGAAAAAGCAGCAACAAAUUUAAUAAAAACAGACGAAAUAUAUAUUGAUACAUCUGGCAGAGUAUAUAAAGAUUGGGCAGAUUACAAGACAACAAAUAAUCUCUUCAAAUGCAUAAAAAAUUUAAUAACAAAUUUAAAAACAGACGAAAUAUAUAUAUGGUAUAUUGAUACAUCUGGUAGAGUAUAUAAAGAUUACAAGAUAAAUCUCUUCAAAUGCAUAAUGGUUCUUCCAAAAGAUGGCUUAUACCAAGCAGAUCCGUCCUGUCCAAUUACAGAGGACUAUUCAACAGUUUGGCUUGAGAUUAUGGAGUCACCUGCGUACUUAUUUAAUAAAGGAAAUACUAUCUUUGGAACUAUGGCAUUUGCAGCGAAAUGGUUUGCACCUAAGUUAGCACCAAUUUUUGGUUUUGAAACAGGUACUCAGUACGAGAUACCGCUUCUCGAUCAAGAAGCAUUUCCACAGUGGCUUACAAUCACUGGUUCAAUGUUUGGCUUAGGCGUAAUGGAAGGAACAGCGGCUAUUUCUGCCGCUGUCUCACGCGGUAUGACGGUAAACACUGCCGCAAGACUAGCAUUCAAUACCGUGCAAGAUAGCAACUUAUUCUUGAAUGGCGUCGGUAUUAUAUAUCAGUAUUAUUGCAUAAGUAGAUAUAGGACAGAUGAGACAUUUAGUUUUCUCGAUGCAGUAAACUUGGCGACGCAUCUUAUGUUCUUUACCGGUACUGUAGUAAAUAUUCAGCUCACCGGAGAUGUCAUUAAAAAUAAUCAAAGCAAAAUCUUUAAUGACUACAGGGAAACCGUGCGCACCAAGCAACUCCGUAAACAAUUUAAUCGCGUCAAACGACGGGCUGCCGCGAAUAAUUCAUGCCCAAUGACCGAAAAAGCCGAAGUGAUAUGCUACAUAAGGCAUCGUAAUCGGCUAAUUUCUAAAACUUCUGCUGAUCCUGCUACUUCUGCCACUCCUGUCACUUCUGGCUUUAAUAGGGCGACAGACAAUACUAACUCCCGUAUGAUCACGUGGGCAAUUAAAAGGGGCAUAUUAGUAAUUAAUGACAUUACACUCUUGGAUGCUCAACUCUUUGUUGUUGAACUUAUACAAUCAGAUAGAACUAUUAUUAAUUCUAAUCCAAGCAACAUAUCGAGCUCGCAAAACAUUGAAGACGAUUUCCGUACUACACAACUGUGGAGUAUAUUAAAUAAUUUAUUGGAAAACUUCUUUAGCCCCGGGCGCAACGAAGAUACGACUGAAUUUAUUCCAUUGCUCAGAGAAAUGGAUUCGUUAAAUGUAAACAAAAACCUUCUGAAGAAACUGUUUAAUAUCGCUCUCAGAUUAAUAAUGCAACAUUUCCGAGCUCCAGCAGAAUUUUUAUUCAAAGCGUUUAAGUUUGUCUGGUUGUAUUGUAAGAGAAAUUUAAGACAGUGGGGUAUAAAUACGUGUCUUCGUAUGCAGAGCAUUGCUGGUUCCAGAAUUUUGCACAUGAUUAUUACAGCACUUUUUGAAGCUGUAAAUUUCGAUAAUCUUUAUGUAGCCUUCGAAAUAUAUCUGACAUCUUGCAGAGUUACUACUAAUUAAAUCAUAAAACAAAUUAAUACGCACAAUAGUACACACAGCAAUAUAAUUAAUAAAUUUUAUAGAAAUAUGUGCCUUACAGUAUGCUACAUAUCAUUAUGUUUCACAUAUUUUAGAUAUAUAUAAAAACUAUUAUAU